AGCUCAAUGUUUUUAUUUUUUGUACGACUAACCCUUAACUUAUUAAUAGAUAAGGUUGGUUGUUAGGAUUGAAGUGAGAUAGACAAGAACCAAGUGUCUCAUGUUAGAACAAUGUUCUUCAAAUGUUUGAACUUAUGUUGUUCAAAGCAUAUAAGGUCAUCAAGAAAACACUAUCCAACAGUUAUAGAAGAGUUAUGCCAUUGCCGUCAAUUUUCUCUAUCCGAUCUUAGGAAAUCAACAAACAACUUUGAGGAAAAUAAAAUAGUUGGACUGGGGUCUCUUGUACAAUAUAUGAAGGUUGCAUCCAAUAUGAGGGAGUCACUUACAGAGUUGCAAUCAAGCGAAUGAAAUUCGAAGAGUUCAAGAAGGAAAUUGAGUUGCUUUGCCAGCUUUGUCAUCCUAAUUUGGUGUCUCUUGUAGGAUUCUGCGACCACCAAGUUGAGAAGAUUCUUGUGUACGAGUACGUGUCCAAUGGGUCUCUCCAUGAUCAUCUAUGCAAUUGGGAAAUGAAAGUACUUUCAUGGAAGAAAAGGCUAGAAAUUUGCAUAGGAGUGUCGCGUGGGCUACACUACCUUCACACGGGAGCCAAACGUACCAUCAUUCACCGUGAUCUCAAACCUAGUAACAUUCUUUUGGAUGACAACAUGGUACCAAAACUCGCGGAUUUCAGCCUUUCAUUGCAAGGACCACAUUUUAUGUCGAAGCCAAAGCCAAUUCAAGUAGACAGGAUCAUGGGUAAAAUUAUAUUCUAUGAGAUGAAUGCAAAGAAUUUUAUCAAUUAAAGUAAUGCUAAUACAUUGUGAACUUACAGGUACAUAUCGCUACAUGGCCUUUGAGUAUGCCUUGUACGGUACCAUCUCAGAAAAAUGUGAUGUUUACUCAUUUGGCAUGGUUCUAUUAGACGUUGUAUGUGGAAAUGAAAAUAUAACACAAACAAGAUUUUGGGAACGGACCAAGCCUGUUGAGGAGAAUAUUGAUCCUAAUAUUAAAGGAAAUAUAGCUCCAGAGUGUUGGCAAGUGUUUAUAGAUAUCACCCAGAGAUGCUUGAAGUUUGAACCAGACGAGCGACCAACGAUGGGUGAAGUAGAGGUGCAGCUUGAGUAUGCUCUGUCAUUGCAGGAACAAGCAGAUAUCAGAAACACCAAUGAUGAUUAUACCUUAUUUUCCACCACCAUUAUUAACCUGGGAGUGGAGAGUGGAAGCAAUGGAAGCCCAUGAUAGGUCAUAGGCGUUUUGGUCGGUUGAAACUAAUGGUGUUAAGUUUUUCGAUUCACAGGUAAAAAUAGUCACACAUUUUAUUACUCCUAUCUCAUGUUAAAUGCAUUUUUAUUUCAAAUUAUUUAUUUUCUUGUAUCUCCUAUAUAUACCAACAGGGGUAUUAAGCAAUUUUGAUUAAUUUCUAUAAUUUCACGGAAGACAAGUAUAUUUUUAUAAUUUUAAAGUGUCAUUAAAGUACAUAAAAAAGUCUACCAUUAUAUUUGGUUAAAAAAUUCAGCUGAAAAUAUUUAACGGGUGAAGAGUAUCAAAGCUCUAGUGCGAGGUGACAUUUUCCAAAUUUGAAAAUUAUAGAGUGAAAAUUUCGUGGUUAAAUUAGUCAGAGAAAAUAAUUCUGAAAAAACAUAGUCACUAACAAUGACAUGCAUUUUAAAGUCAAUAUUUCUUUCUGGGUCAACAAGUCAAUUUUUUGUUUAAGAAAAUGUAACUUAGAUUCACAAAAAUAAUGUUUAAAACUGAAUUUUAUGAGUUUUUACGGACUUAAGUCAUGCUGAUGUUAAACGGAUCAAAUUAAGAAAACCUAAAUUAAAUUUAAACUGAAAUUUUAGAGUUUUAAGCCUUGCAUUUUUAUCAUGUAAGAAAUUUUGACAGAUCAAAAUUUUUGUCCCUUCCCCUGUUUUCUCAAUUUGAAUAUGACACUUGAUUAAAAUUAAGGCGAAUCUUUGAUCAUUAGUUUUUCCUUUCUUUCUUAAAAUGCUAUUUCUUUCUUAAGCUGUCUGUUUUUUCGCUUUGGUCGAACUAUAACCUUCCUCACUGAUUCCUAUUGAAGAGAAGUAGCUAGAGCCCCACCGUUUUCGGUGAUUGACAACUAAGCAAGCGUCACAAAUUGUAACAAUGGUUCUCAAAUGCUUGGGCUUUUACCGUUCCAAGCACGCGAACUCAUCUAAUAGACAGUAUCCGACAGUGAUAGAAGAGUUGUGCCAUCAAUUUUCUCUGGCGGAUCUUAGGAAAUCAACCAACAACUUCGAUGGUAACAGAUUAAUUGGACACGGAGCAUUUGGUAAAGUAUAUAAAGGUUGUCUCCAACACAAUGAAGCUUCUGAUUACACAGUCGCAUUAAAGCGAUUGUAUAUUAAUUGCGGACAAGGAUGCAGAGUGUUCAAGAAUGAAAUUGAGUUGCUCUGUCAGCUUCUUCACCCUAAUUUGGUGUCUCUUAUAGGAUUCUGCGACCACGAAGAUGAGAAGAUCAUUGUGUACGAGUACAUGUCCAAUGGAUCUCUGGAUGAACACCUAUGUGAUGGGAAUAGGGAACCACUGUCAUGGAAGAAAAGGCUUGAGAUCUGCAUAGGAGCCGCGCGUGGAGUACACUACCUUCACACAGGUGCCAAGCGCACCAUCUUCCACCGUGACAUCAAACCUAGCAACAUUCUUUUGGAUGAUGAAAUGAAGCCUAGACUCUCAGCUUUCGGCGUUUCCAUACAAGGACCACAUUUUAUGUCCAAGCCUAAACCAAUUCAAGUAGAUAGCAUUGCUGGUGCAAAUCGCUACAUGGCCUUUGAGUAUGCCUUGAACGGUACUAUCACAGAAAAAUGUGAUGUUUACUCAUUUGGUAUGGUCCUACUAGACGUUGUACAUGGAAGUGAAAAUAUAAGAUUUUGGGAACGGACCCAGCCUGUUGAGGAGAAUAUUGAUGCUACUAUUGAAGGGGAAAUAGCACCAGAGUGUUGGGAAGUUUUUAUAGAUAUCACCCAAAGAUGCUUGCAGUUCGAACCAGAUGAGCGACCAACAAUGGGUGAAGUAGAGGUGCAACUUGAACUUGCUCUAUCAUUGCAGGAACAAGCAGAUAUCAGAAACACCAAUGGCGAUUAUACUUUAUUUUCCACCACCAUUAUUAACCUGGGAGUGGAAUUGGAAUCCGACACCGUUGAUAACAUAUACAGUGACACAGAAGACAGUGAUUCUGAAGACACAUCCUAAGUGGGUGAGCUGAAAUUGAAGUUAGUGUUUUGAGUCAAAACAGUCGCUAAACUACUUGCGGUAAUAAGUUUAAUUGAGAUAAUUAUAGCUUUUGUGGUGUGAUUCCUGCUUAGCAUUUUGAUUUAGUCAGAAGGUGUCAUUGUAAUAAUCUUGUACUAGUAUAAAUUUGAAAUGAAUGUUGGAAGUUGUAUGAGAACAAACCAUU